GGCGGGCACUGGCCCAGGGAGAUCGCCCCCCGCCCCCGCGGCAUCCGCUGAUCGCGGCGCUUCCCCCGCUUUGGCCCCAAAGCGGCGCCUUUAAGGCCGAGUUUAAGCGCAGGGCCCGCGAGUUCAGCUCGGCCCGGCCCGGGGGUCCCGCCGCUCGGGCCCGUCCAGGGGGCCCGGGGGUGGCGGGGGGACCCGGGGCGGUGCCGGGAGGGGUCCCGAAGGGGAUCCCGGGGCAUUCCCGGCAAUUCCCCCGGGCCCGCCCCCCGCGCUCCCUCGGCCACUUUCGCUUUCGCGUCUCCCGAACUGCGCCCAGCGGGGCCAGCGGAGCAGCGCGAUGGCUCCAGUGCUGGGGCUGGGGGCGCUCCUGGCGCUCCUGGGGGUCUUGGAGGUCUCGAUGGCGCAGCCGAAGGUUCUCCACUCCCUGCGUUACCUGCACGUGGGGGUGACAGAGCCCAGCCCGGGGAUCCCUCAAUUCAUGGCAUUGGGAUACGUGGAUGGGAUCCCCAUCACACGCUACGACAGCGAGCGGGGCCGGGUGGAGCCGCUGACGCCGUGGAUGGCGGCCGGAGCCGAGCCGGGAUACUGGGAUAGACAGACCCAGAUCAACGAGGAGAACCGGCUCACUGAUGCCGAGAACCUGGAGAGAGCGCGAGCCCGGUACAACUGGAGUGGGGGUCUCCACACGCAGCAGUGGGUUUCUGGCUGUGACCUCCUGUCCGACGGGAGCGUCCGUGGAUCCUAUCGGGAUGGCUUUGAUGGGCGGGAUUUCAUCUCCUUCGAGCUGGGAUCCAGGAGCUUCGUGGCGGCCGAUGGAUCUGCCCAGCCCACCAAGAGGAAAUGGGAACACGAUGGGAUCGUGGCGGAGAGACUGACACAUUACCUGGAGAACAGCUGUCCGGAAUGGCUCCGCAAAUUCGUUGGAUAUGGGCGGGAGGCGCUGGAGCGCAAAGAUCCCCCCGAUGUCCAUGUGUCCGGGAAAGAGGAACACGGGAUCCUGACGUUGUCCUGCCGCGCAUACGGAUUCUACCCCGGGAUGAUCGGGAUCAACUGGCUGAAGGGGGAUGAAGUGCGGGAUCAGGAGACGGAGUGGGGCGGGAUCGUUCCCAACAGCGACGGCACCUUCCACAGCUGGGCCAGGAUCGAGGCGCUGCCGGGGGAGCGGGAGCAGUACCGGUGCCGGGUGGAGCACGCCGGAAUGCCGGAGCCCGGGAUCUUCGCCUGGGAGCCAGAAUCCAUCUGGAAUUCCAGCCCGGUGUUGGUGGCUGUGUCCGUCAUCGCUGCCAUCAUCAUCAUCAUCGGCCUCGUGGCAGUCGGUGUCUGGAAGCUCCGAUCCGGGAAGAGGGAGGGGAAUGGAUACGACCCCGCGCCCACCACAGGAAUCACAGCCUGAGUGAUCCCGGAGCUGGAUCCGUCCCUUCCCUCUCCCUGUGGAAAGGCAGGAGCUGCUGGCAGAGCUCAUCCCGCUGCUCCCACCCACCCCGGCCCCCCUGCGGCUCUUCCCGAUGGAUCAACUUCCUGCUUUUUCCUGUGUGAAACUGUCAGAGACUGAAACAGUCAAUGAUUUCUGCAUUCUGGGAUUGCCAGGAGACUUUUGGUGGCUUUUGUAGGACUUUGGCAUUAUCCCUCUGAUGGGCAGCUGGGCCCAUCUCCCCCUCCAGUGCUGCUGAAGGUGUCAAGCCCUGGAAAGGAGAGAAGAGCUGAGUUUACCAGGCCCCUCACAGGAACUCUGCUCUGGGCUGUCCGAGGUGUUGGGGGUUCAUGGCAUGGCCCAUCAAAGCCCAUCCCCCCCUCUGCCAAUCUUGGAAGGUGGAUAAAAGCCUUUUCCCUGCUCCUCACGGGAACUCUGGGCAGGCCUGGGAAACGUUGGGGGUUCGUGGCAUGGCCCGGGACACUGUCCAUGGAUAUAAUAACUCAUAACUUCCCUGAGUGUGGGGGCUUCCCUCCCUCACCCCCAAUGGAUCAAAGUGUAAGGGGGGUACUUUUGAAUUAGAUGAUCAGUGGAGCAUAGAGGCGCGAGAAAGGAAUCAUAUUAGGAUGUGAAACCAACCAGAGUAUGGUACAAUGUAACUUCAUGGCACAAGCUAAUUGGAAGGUCCAUUGUGCUUUUUAGCAAGUCAGCUUGAUAUCCCCUGUUAUCAGAGCUGAGUUCUUCCUUGGUUUUGCCACAUACUGCAAGAUGGAUACAUCUACCCUUGAAACACAAUGGUAGAGGUCAUGCAUAGGGGUGAGAAAGAUGAUGAUGGGAGGAAGAUGAUGUGGGCAGGGGUCGCUGGCCCCUUGCCCUCCAAGUAGGGCAGGCACAGACUGUUGCCAUGAGGUGAUGAUCAGGCGGGGUUUGGCUGCCAUUCAGGCAUCACCUUAUACUGGGUACUGGCCCUACGUGGUGUAAUGUGGAACUGAUAAAAUGGGGUGUCGGGACUGCUGAGCUGAGCGAUCCUCAUCCUACCACCGAGACUGUGGCUCCGCGGGGACGCCCGCUAAGCACGGGCACCGACCAGCUGCUGCAGAUCCUGACAGCCCUGGCCUGUCUGUGUGGUAAGCACAGUUUAUUGACAGGAAGCAACUGAGAGAACAAACUUUUUAAUAUCCCUUUAGUGUCACUUUAAUUCCCAUUUUAUUUUUGAAUAUUGUUACAUAAAUAAGUUGUUCACAGUAUUUCCCUUUAAUUUCCCUUUUUACUAACCAAUAUUGUGUUAAUAGUUAUCCAUAAUAUUGUGUUAAGACACCUUUUUUGGUAUCCCUUUAACCCCCUUUUUUCACUAGUUAAUACUGUAUUAAAUGCUGUUUGUAGUAUUUGUUUUUAAGGCCACACAAUAAGAUAUGUUAUAUCCUUUUUUAGUUCUUGAUUCUCUUUGCUAAGAUGAUUAUUAUUAUUAUUCUCAGUGUAAUAAAAGAUAUUUUUUGUGUUUGAA